AUGGAAGAAACGUACCUACUUAACGUGGAAGGAGUCAAGAAAAAGAUUUUACAUGGAGGCUGUGGAGAACUGCCAGAUUUCAAAGAUGGGAGCAAGGUCACGUUCCACUUCCAGACGCUGAAGGAUAAUUUUGAGCGAACCAUGAUCGAUGACAGCCGGGUGGGUGGCAUUCCCAUGGAGAUUAUUGUGGGGAAGAUGUUCAAGAUCGAAGUGUGGGAGACCCUGCUGACUUCCAUGAGGAUUGGCGAGGUGGCAGAGUUUUGGUGUGAUGCUGUUCACACAGGAAUGUACGCCUUAGUUUCCAAGGGCAUGAGGAAAAUUGCUGAGGGCAAGGACCCUUUGGAGGGCCAGAAGCACCGCUGCGGGAUGGGCAACAUGUUCGACUACCACAGCACAGGUUACGCAGACCUGGAUGAACUGCAAAGGACGCCACAGCCUCUCAUUUUUAUCAUGGAGCUGUUUAAAGAGAAGCCAUGGGAGGAGGACUGGCUGAAGCUGGAGAAACUCAUCACACCUCUGGUGCUCAACUAUUGCCAAUGUCAGCUGGAGCUGGGGGAAUAUUACGAGGUGCUGGAACACACCACCGACCUUCUCCAGAAGAACAACAAAAAUGUCAAGGCUUAUUUCAAGCGAGCAAAAGCCCACAGUGCCGUCUGGAAUGAAAAGGAGGCCCGGGCAGACUUCUUGAGGGUGGCCCAGCUGGAUCCAUCUUUGGCGGCUGCUGUGAGGAAAGAAUUGAAGAUGCUGGGGGAGAGGAUGAGGCAGAAACAUGUGGAAGACCGCAAGAGAUAUCAAGGCCUCUUUCAGCAGCCUUCUAAAAGGGAAACAGUGGGGAGGACAACCGAGGAAGACCUCUCUGAGGAAAAAGAAGAAUGGCCUGACUUCACCAGGCAGAGGACAGAGAUUGAGGAAAACAAUAGAGAAAACUUAUGGAGGAGUGAGAGGAGACCAGAAGGGAUGGAGGCAGACGUGAUGAAUGGAGAAACGGGGCAGGGAAAUGAAGGAGAGGAAAAGAAAGAGCUUAUGGAGAAGGAAGGAAAGAAAAUGGAUGAAGGGGAUUAUUUUCCUCAGAAAGAGGGAGAAAAGAUUAAGAUUGAAAUAGGAAAUAAAGAGGAAGAAGAACAAGGCCAAGGAAAGGAGGAUAGUUACUCUGGAGAUGAUGUCACUGAUUGUCAAACAUCUGGGAGCAAACAGUUAGGAGUUGAGCCAUGGCAGAUAAAAGAAGAAACAGGAAACGCAGGAGUGGAGCGGGAUCAAAAGAGAGAGAGAGGUUUGGUAACACCACAAGAAGAGCAAGAAAGGAGAGUUAUCCAUGGGGAUUCUGGAAAGAAACCAGGGCAAGCUACAGAAAGCACCAGGAUCCACAUUGGAGAGGGAUUUGUCAAAGGAUGCUGUGAGGGAGAAGUGAAUUCCACCAGAGAGAGGGAAAAUGAGGAAGCCAUGUGUGGAACACGAGAAGUCACUGCAGGGGAGCAGAGGGUGCAGAAUGAUGUACAUUUUGGAACACAAAAUUUCAGAGAAGAGGACAGGCAAAGUUACAUAGAAGACAGUGAAGGAAAUUAUUUCCAGGUCCAGAAUAAUGAGUCAAAAGGGAAAGCAAGGGAGGCCACAGAGUUCAAUUCUGCGGGAGAGAUAAGGUCUGAACAGAAAAACUGUGGAUGCUCAUGGAGAGAAGGUGCCCUUAAAGAGAUGAAGGAACAAAUGGAAGGAAGGGAAUUGCAAAGGAAUAAAAAAGAAUCUGACCAUUAUUCUAAGAACGAGACUGAAGCAGAGCAAGGACACUGUGAAGCAAACACAGAAGACACUGCAUGGGCGGCUAGAGAUGGUGGGAAAGAAGCAGGAGAUGACAGAGAUGAGGCAAAGACCAGAUUCAGGGCAGAGAAUUCCAAGGAAGAGAAAUAUAAUCACAGCAAAGGAAUGGGAUGUGGAAAGGAAGGAAUCGAGGCUGGAUCUGGUUUUGUGCCACCGGAAGAUAUAGAUGGAGAUGAGAUCAGGCAAGAGAGUUUUGAGUCAGAGACCAGCUUCAAAGUGAAGAAUCUGGAGAUGGAAGUAAAGGUUGAAAACCUGGAAACAGAUCAGGCAGACUUGCCCAUUAAUUGCAAAGGGCCUGAGAAAGCAAGAAGGGAAGUGGAAUGGAAUUUGGGAGAAGAACAUCUCCAGAAGGAGGGUGAGGUGUCAGGAAGAGGAAUUGAGAAUGUUAUUGUGUCCCAAGACUCUAAAAAUGGCAGCGACCAAAUUCAAAUGUAAUGUUUGGGAGAGAUGGCUGGGCCUGGAGCCAUAAGUGAGCGGAAUGUUUGUUUUGAGAGAGCCCAGCUUGGUGCAGGAAGAUCCUCGGUGAGGAGGGAGAGUGGGUUAUGCAAAAUCCUGUGCACGAGUGACUGCUGUCAAAGUCUACAGUGACUCCUAAAUAUGUUGGCUAAUGAUGACCUCUGUCAAAGUGGCCCAAUCAAUUUCUUGUGUGUGGGGGAGAAUGGUAGGAUCCUGCCCUUUUUUUGUUCCAAUAACACACUUUUCAGCUCCCUCACAUGUUGCUGAGUUGCCAGGCCUCUUUUUCAGCUGUUCACCUUGUACUUUGAAAAAAUGAGUAAGAAGAAAAGCCAUGUGGUCCUUGUACGCAGUCUGACAGAUCAUACUUUUAUGAAACUACUAAGAUAUUACAAACAGAAAUUAGCUUUCAUCCCUGCACCACCAUCGGCUGUGUGGUCUUCAGACUGAUGGAAGAUCCUUGCAAGAUU